AUGUCGGAGACAGGGUCAAACAACUCUGUUAUUGGGUUACUGUUGUAUCUUCGCAAUACCACCCGGCCUGACAUUGCUGCAAAAGUUUCCAAGAUCAUGUGUUUCGGCACGGGUAGUCCAAACAAGGAGGUCCAAGUCCAUGCACUGAAUGCAGUUGUGAGCUACUUGCAGGGAACUAAAGACAAGUGCUUAUCCUUCAAAGAUCAUUGUACCGGUGACUGUGGAAGUUUUAUUCCAUCCCAUUGGCUUCGCAAAAGCCGCAGCAUUGUGGGCAGCUUUGCCCUGCACAUCUACAGAAGCAACAAAGGAUCACUGGACUGCCUCUACAUGCGUCCGUUGCUUGCUGUUGGACAACCAUCAAAGAAGCCAUGUCCUGCUUGA